AUGGACUACGUCACCGCCAGCCUGCGGGCAUUGUUUGAAGGCCUUGAUGGCCAUGAGUUAAUUAUUCCAUCAAGAGCGGAAACUAACCCUGGCUGGGAAGUCACGGAACAUGAUCUAAGCAACAAGAGCAUAAAGGCCGAGCUGACUAGCUGGGUUGAAAGUUGGUGGUCAGAUGGCCCAAACCCAGCAAUGAUUGAAGCCCUCAAUCUACCAAAUUGGGUUGCAUUGUUGUAUCCUAAUGUGAAGUAUGAAAAGCGUCUCACGAUAGCGAAGAGCCUGUCUUGGAUCUUUGCUUGGGAUGAACCCCUUGACGAUGGAGAAUUCACGCACGAUCCUGUUGGGGCUAUCAAUUACUGCAACGAGACUAUCAAAUUCAUGGAACUUCUUCGUGAUCCAAGUCAAGUCUCGUCCGCAUGUCAUCCUAAUCCUAACAUCGCUUCAUUCAAAGACUCAUUCGUGAGCAUUUGGGAGAGUCAUCCAGUGUGCACUGGGCGUUACCUUGACGAGUGCUUGCGCUUUGUGCAAGGAACAUCGGAAGCAGUUGGACGCCGGGAAAAGAACCAGGUUCCCACACUGGCCGACUACUUUGAUUGGAGAGUACUUAAUCUUGGCUUUGAGAUAUACUUCACCUUGGUCGAGUACUCGCAAGAUCUUAAGGUCCCAGACGAAUGCUCUAAACCGAACGUGUUCACGCAGAUUAUCUUCCGAGAGGCCUCUUUAAUCCUAUCUGUGUACAAUGACCUUCUUUCCCUUCCGAAGGAACUAGAUGCAGGUCAAUUUGAGAGCUGUGUGCCGAUCAAAAUGUUCGAACUUGGACUGUCAUUGGACGAAACUAUUAACAGCUUUGGUCAAAUGAUCCACGAGUGUGCAAAACGAUUCAAUAAAGCUGAACAAGACUUGUAUAGUCACACCAGCCCCGAUAGUUUGGCUGAUGUGCAGGCAUUUGUGCAAGGCAUCAAGCAGCAAGUCGUUGGCACCAAUAAACACUUCUAUUCCAUGGACCGAUAUGUUCGCAAAGGUGUCAACCAACCGGAUGGCUCGAUCAAGUUCAAAAUAGCGUUGGAACAGUGA